AUGGUCGUCCAACAGGUAUGCAAAAAUUGUAGUGGUUUUUACGAGAUCUAUCCGACGCAAGAUGGCACUGAAGAAGACCUGAAUGAUGAACUAUACGAGCUUUAUAAUGUCAUAGACAAAGGCGUACUCAUGGCACCAUCGCCACCCAAAGAUGCACCCGGCGAAAUGGGUAAACCGGUAGUAUUACCCACCAAUAUGACAGAAGAAAUGAAGAAAGCUGUCGAUGAUGGUUGGGCGAAAAAUGCCUUCAAUCAAUAUGUAUCCGAUAUGAUAUCGGUGCAUCGAACAUUGCCAGAUACCCGCGAUGCGUGGUGCAAGGAACCCGGCCGCUAUCUAAAAAAUCUUCCCGCCACCGAUGUCAUCAUUUGCUUCCACAAUGAGGCGUGGUCGGUGCUGUUGCGAACAGUGCACUCGGUGUUGGAUCGUUCGCCGCCAGAGUUAAUUAACAAAGUCAUACUGGUCGACGACUUCUCCGAUAUGCCACAUACCAAACAACAGCUGGACGAUUAUUUUGGCGCCUAUCCAAAGGUGCAGAUUUUGCGCGCCCCCAAACGUGAAGGUCUGAUACGAGCGCGUCUAUUGGGCGCACGUCAUGCCACAGCGCCGGUGUUGACGUACCUGGAUUCGCACUGCGAGUGCACCGAAG